GAAUAUGCUUAAAUUCUUCCAUUUAUUUCCCAUGAUAAGUUCAACGCUGUGACAGUAUUUUCUAUGUUAAAUAAAUAUUAAGUAAUUAAUUAUACAUUUUAACAAAGAGAGACAAAGACAUUAUCAGAGAUUUGCAUUAGUCAGAUACUAAUCCAGACAAUUAUUCAAUUGAAUAAAUUUAUUUUUACUUGUAUGGAUUUAUUUCUUUGUUUGCUUGGUUGGUUUUCAUUUGGAAGUAAUUACAUUUUAGGGGUUAAAUUCAUUCAUUUAUUUAUAUUCAAAGGUGUGGCACAGUAUAUUGUUAUGUUAAAUAUUAAGUAAUUAAAUAUACAUUUUAACAAAGAGAGAGAAAUUACUUGCCAUUAAUCCAGCACCAAUCGGCACUAUUUAUUUUUCAUUAUUUAUUAAUAACAUUAUUAAUCCUUAUUAUUUAUUAAUUUGGAAGGAAUGGCUUAAGAGGUUUGCAUUAGAUAGUUUGAUAUUAUUCAUCUUACAAAAUCAAAUGUGGCUUAAACGUCCAGAGUGUUGAACGCUGUAUAAAGAGUAUGACAGUGAGCUAGACAUCAUGAAUCAAUUUGUAAUUAUAUUAGUUUCCACAAGGUGGUAACACUGUGCUCAAACCUGCCCGCUCUCAGAGGAACAGAUGAAAGUUUAAGCCUUUUCAUCUAUUCAUUGUUCCUUUGUCUGGGUCACCUGGUUCCUUAAACACAGAGAAACCAUUCAGUUUACUAUAUUAGACAGAAUGAAAGCAUUUCAUUUUGAGAAAGAAAUACACUUGGUUGAGAUUGAGCAGAAAUGAUGCCUUCUGACAAACUCAACACUCACAAUAGUUGGAUUUUAAUGACUAAUAUACAAAGAUGUUUACAAAGAUGCAUAUUUCUGUUAAUUAUUUGGUAAGCAUAUGUGUAUUUUUAGUGAAGAACAUUGUGUUCACUAGUCUUGCAUUCAUGGGACGGUGUGUUAACAUUUGCCCCAAUGGACAAUCCACAGGCGUGUUUAUGUGCUCGACCAAGUGUGCUUCCUGUCUGGCCCAGCAAACCAUUUGAACAUUGGCUAUCUGUGCUAGUAAUUAUUUUGGGGGCACUGUGUGCAUCUGCAGCAUAUGGGAGGAAGUCUGAAAAUAGCUGUGACUUCCUGACUGAACGUUUGCAAUGAGGAAGAGUCUUACAGAGAGGGGACAGAGACUCAUUUAGCUUGUCAACGCCACGCUUGCAUCCACGAUACAGCUGUUUUCAUGCUGACCAGCUGACUUCCAAGACUUCCACAUUUGCUGACUGGUACAGUCACAUCAUCAGAGUCUGAGUUGAUUUCGCUGACUUUGCUGGAUUCUCCCACGUGCUGCUUGUACAGCCUUCCUAGUGUUUUCCUGCUGACUCGACAUGGACAGUGAGGAUUCAGACAAGGUCCAGAUUGGCGAAGCUAAAUUUGUAAACAAGAGCAUUCUCCUCUCACACCUUAACACAUACAACCUUUAUUACAAAGGAGGAGCCCUCCGGUUGAGACACAGAGAGGAGGAAGGCGAGAUGAUCAUAGAGGGUUUACUCAAUGUUUUUUGGGGUGUUCGGCGGCCAAUCAGACUGCAGAUGGAGGACGAGAAGGAGGCAGGCAGGCCACGCCCCUCACUAACAUCUCUGAGUGCCGAAACAGACAUCAACUCACUCAAUGAGGUCACUACAGCAGGCGACCAAUCAAAAGACUUCAGCGAAGAGAAUGAAGAGGCAGGUGAGGAGCAGCAGGAGUCGACACACUCCGAUCGUCUCCCCAGGACCAGGAGUGAUGUCGGCGGAAGGAGAAUCAGCGGACGACGGCUUGGAAUCAGGAGAGUCAAGAGAAACCGAUGCUCCUUCAACGGCCACGUCUAUAACCUCAAGACGGCCGUUUUUACCCCAGCGUUCGGCUCUGUGACCAAUGUCCGCGUCAACAGCUGUAUGACGACAGCACAGGUCAUGAGGGUGCUGCUCAACAAGUUCAAGAUUGAGAACAGUCCUGAUGAAUUCAGCCUCUAUUUCGUCCACACGAGCGGAGAGAGACAUCGGCUGAAGCCUAAUGACCAUCCUUUGGCGCUCAGAGUUUUGCGAGGCCCUUGUGAACAGGUCAGCAAAAUGUUUCUUAUGGAGACAGACCAGGUGGAAGAGGUCACCCAUGAUGUGGCGCAAUACAUCAAGUUUGAGCUUCCUGUUUUACAAAGCUUCAUUGCUAAGCUGCAAGAGGAAGAAGAAAGAGAGAUGCAGAAACUGAAGAAGAGGUAUGCUGAUAUGCAACGUAUCAUCAAGAAAUACAUGCAGUCUUUAGCUGAUUCAACUACAUGAUGAAGCUGUUCAGACAUGUAUCAUGCAUCUGAGCACCAUUUUUAAAGCACCAAACAGUGACAAAAUGGUGCUGUCUCAGGAAAAGUAACAUUUUUAGCUAAAUUAUUACUUUUAUUAUCGUAACAUGUUAUAUAAUAUCAUAAUACAGCAAUGUCCAAAGGUACCAUGACUUUCUCUAAAUAAUCUUCAUUGGAUAAAAAGGAGUGUUACUUAGCCAUCUUUUUCACAAAGGAAAGCAAAUGGGUAAAAAAAAAGUUACAUUGUUUGACUUUCACUCAUGCACAAUGACAAUAAUAAUAAUCCGUAAGAAUGUUAAUUCAAAAUUUGAUAUAAUGUAGAGCCCAUAUUAUGUGAAUAAAUAGACAAUGUGAAGAAAAAUAAUUUGAAAACCUAAUGUAUUUGCCUUGUUUUACUGCAGAAUGUUUGUAAUGAUGUUUAUUGGUAUUAAAAGUAUUUAAUAUAUUUUGUUUGUAGUGUAUUUUACAAAGUAUGUGCACAUUUUUACCAUUGAUAAUAAAAAAAACAU